AUGGACGACCCGUUGAGUGCUGUCGACACCUCUGUUGCCGAACAUAUAUUUGAUAAAUGUAUAGUGGAGUACUUGUCGGACAAAAUCCGAAUUCUAGUCACACAUCAAAUCCAAUUCAUACGAAAAGCAACACAAAUACUGGUCUUAAGCUCAGAGGGCCGGUGUCUAGGGUUGGGCUCAUACGACGAGCUCCAGUCCCAGGGAAUCGACUUCAUGGCUAUACUGAAAGAUGUAGACCGGGAGGCCGAACACGACAAACAGACCCCAACCCCUAAUGAGACACUCCUGACGGAGUCGAUCAACGACAGGGUCCGGAGGCACUCCCGGAGCACAUCUGUGGCUCAGACCAAGAACUUCGAAGUCUCCGACAUUACGGGCGAUGGGGAGGACUACUUGCAUGAGCCCAGGAUUCAGGAGGAGAACCGGGAGGUGGGCUCUAUCGGGGGGCACGUCUACUAUGAAUACUUUAAAGCCGGCGCCGGACCCAUACUGUUCACGAUUACCCUGUUCUCGAUAUUGCUAUCUCACGGUAUAUUACAUUACUCCGAUAUAUGGCUAACUAAAUGGACUGACAAAAAUCAAAUAGCUAGUGUAAUUGACCAUGAUACACGAAAUUAUUACGUUUACAUCUAUUCGGGACUCAUUGGGGCUCUGUUUGUGACGGCGCUAAUGCGGUCGACCACGUGGUUCAUGAUGUGUAUGCAGGCGUCCGUUAAUCUACACAACAGUAUAUUCUCGCGUUUAUUACGGGCGCCGAUAGCCGUGUUCGACAACAAUCCCGUCGGUCAAAUGCUAAACAGAUUCUCGAAAGACUUGGGGAUUGUCGACGAAAUGCUUCCCACCACUGGUUAUGACUUCAAUUUU